AUGUCUAGCGUAAUUCCCGCGAAAUCCUCCCCUUCCAAGAACAAGAAGAAUCGUGAUAAAGACAAGGAGAAGAAGGAAAGGGCGCUAUCACAAGCGGCACCCACCGAGCGUCUCAAAACUGUUGUACGACGGCUACCCCCCAAUCUACCCGAGGAGAUAUUCUGGCAGAGCGUGCAGACAUGGGUCACGGACGGGACUGUGAUCUGGAAGACUUACUAUCCGGGCAAGUUUAGGAAACGCUUGAACAAGGAGAAUAUCCCAUCUCGUGCAUAUAUCGCAUUCAAGACUGAAGAACAAGUAGCGGAAUUCGGCCAGAGAUUUGACGGCCAUGUAUUCAAAGACAAAGCUGGGACUGAGUCUCAAGCUGUGGUGGAAUUUGCGCCAUACCAGAAGGUACCUACAGAGAAGAAGAAACCGGAUGCAAGGGUUGGUACCAUUGAGAAAGAUGAAGAUUACAUAUCCUUUAUAGAGUCCUUGAACGCGGCUAACAAUGCCGAACUUGUUUCCGUCGAGGCUCUCGUCGCCUCGGCUCAGCCAGUUCCACAGCCCAAGACCACAGCUCUGCUAGAAGCAUUAAAGGCAGAGAAGAACGCGGUCAAGGAGAAAGAAAUUAUACCUCGCAUUCAGAUCAAGGAACCGAUAAAUGGCAGGAAUGAUUCGAAGAAGAAAGGUGGCCCUCAGAACCAGAAACCUGUCGAAACACCGAAGAAGGGCGCUUCAAAGGCUCCCCCAGCGGCGGCCCCCACGGCGAAUGCAAACCAGAAGAAUGCACCCAAAGGUGCUGCUCCAUCUUCCAAUGCGCCUGCAAAGGCUCCCAAGGCUCCCAGAGCGCGCAACCAACCAGCCCAGCAACCUCCGAAGGUUCCUGCGACUCUCAACACCUCUGUGCCUCUCUCUGUUGGUGCAAGUUCUCCAUCGACAAGUACCGCUCAGCCUCCUCCCUCUCCUGCAGCUGCCGCUCGUCGUACGCGGCCUAUCGUCGGGCUGGCGUCCAGGCAAUUUGAAGCGGCUUUGAAUGGAGCUGGCGUAGCACCCGGUGAACGGCGUCCCCGUCGUGGGGAGAAAGAGAAGGAAGCUGGGGCUAGCAAGGAGCCAGCUGAGCAGCGCGAGGUCAAAGAAAGACCGAUCUCCCCGAAGAAAGAGAGAGGCGGAAGGCGCGGUGCUCCUGCGAACGGUGGUGAAGCCUCUGUCAAAGUCCCCAGCAUUUUGAAGCGGGAUUCCCCUAAAGCGACAACGCUGAACAUCAACGGAAAUGAAGGAGCGGGAGGGAACCCUGUUAUCGUGAACAAGCUUGAAAAGAGUAACCCGAGUAAUGACAGUCAUUCCCUCCCGGCUUCGGUGAUGCCAAACAUUGUCCUUGGUCGUGGCGGAGGCAGGCGAGGAAGAGGCAGGGGCCGAGUCUUUACCGGCAUGCGUGGAGGAUAA